AUGCAGGAGAAGGUGCCUCAAGUCAAAACUGAAAUAUCAGGAAUAGAUUCAAAAGGCAGCAGGGAAACCCGAACACACCUGCCCCAUGGGCUCUGCCCCAGCGCUUUCGCAGCCCCCGCUCAACCACCACAGCCAACCUCCCCACAACACACCACCAGCAAAGCACCGCCACCCCACCAACGCACUUCCCCGAGACCACCGCAGCCACCAGCCAAAACUGAAAACCACAGCCGGAAACUCGCCGCAAUCAGAAAGCGAGGAAGGCAAAGCCGCCCCACCACAUAA